AUGCAUUUAACAGGUAAAACAACUAUAAAUUAAAUUGAAUACGAAACUGUAUGCGAUUGCGCAGAAGUAAACAAUUCUUAAAUAUUAGAUCCAGAUUCAGAAUCAUGUAAUCCGAAUAAAUUAAAAUUAUAAAUCGAUAAAUAAGUCGAAGGAGGUUUAUAAUAGGAAGAAAUUCGUGACAUAAUAGGAGAUUUGCACGCAUUGAAAUUCGUGAACCCAAAAGAGUAUCAUUUUAUGUCUUUAGAUGGUAGAAAUACUGACCCUUGCUUAUCCACUUUAGGAGGGGAUGCUGGCGAGUUCAUUUUAGCAUUAUUUAUAUAUGAGGGGAUGUUAUCAAAACGAUAACUAGACUAAGAAUCGGUUGAUACUUUUUUAAAAAGCUACUUAUAAUAUAUCAAAUAGGAAAAAUUUUAUUUUGCUACUGACGAUGAUGCGAUUUUCCAUUUAGAAAGGGAAACCGGAAUAACAUUAAAUAUAGAAACUUUAAGAAACCCAAAUGAAAAUGACAAACCGGAAUUAUUAAAAGCAUUAAUAAAAGCAGAGAACUAAGGGGACAGACAUAUUAAAAACUUGCUAAAAAAUUCUGAUUUAUAUAGUAUAAGGCCUGAAAUAAUUCAAAUGUUCAUAAAAGCAUUUUUCGGAAUACUUUGGAAUAAAUAAAAUCCAUUAAAAAGUAAACUUUUUUUAGAUUCUUUAAUCGGAUAACCAUAAGAAUAAGCUUUUUUGGAAAUAAAAUCAAAUGAAAUUUGCAUCGAUAAACAUUUAUCACCUCUUAUUUUACCAAGAAAAAAAAUAAAUAAUGAAUGGAAAAUGGCUUUUGUAAAUCAUUUUGAUGCAGCAGAAUAAAAAAGAAAAUAAUUAGCAAGCUUUUUUGCAGAUGAAAUAAACCAUCAUUAAGAACCUAUUAAUGCAGAAAUUAUGUAUAAUAGACUUAGAAAACAUGGACUUAGUUUUUUAGAAGUAAGUGGUAGUAGAUUGGCUAAGUCUUUACCAUUUUAUACUCUAGAUAUGGUAUGA